UGCCAGCUCUGCUGGCAGGCUCCGCCGAGCGUGCAUGUGUGUGUGAAGCAGUGGUGAACAGUAGCAUGGCAGACUGCAGUAACUACAGGGACGGAGAGGCGGGGUUUGCUCUGAAAACAUUGUCUAAUCCAGUAUUUCAGGUGCAGGAGUCGACAGAGCGUCCACAGCAGUGUGUGCUCACUACCGCCGCACGUCAGCUGACUACUGCAGGAGCGCACGCCUCUUCACACUGGAAUUUACGGCAAGUGGACAGAGACGUCGGCUGCUGCUGUGGAACCAAGUGGGAAUUCUAAGAGAAAGAAAGAGGAAAGAACAAGGAGUGGGAAUGUAGUUUUAGCAGCGUUUGUGCCACACUUUCCCCUUUUCAGCUUUAUUCUUCUCGUAUCCAGUGUUUCUUACGCUUAUUUUCUAAAAAAAAGCACAGUGUAAGGCAGCGACUCCCAACUGCUUCAGAGUUCCUCCUCCGAAACUCGGAUCAAACUCCGUGUUCAGACCACACCGGAGGAUUUUAACCGCAUUGGGUCUGUUGUCCAGUCUCAGGUGUCUGUACGUGAACUGCUUUAUGGGACCAUUGACUGUAUCUGGAUUUCAGCACUACAGUCACGACCAUGCAACUUACUUAAAUAACUGGAGAUUAUUGCCAAGACAACAGGAUGACUGAUUUGCGAUUUGGAUUUCAACCAGAUUUCAUCAGAAUUAUUAGACUGUUAGUUAUCACUAGGUUUUCCGAAACAAACUCCUGGAUUAUAAUUUUAUUUUGAAGUUUUCCUUUACUCUAUUUUUACCUUUUAUAUUUGCAUAAACUAAAAAUAGAAUUCAUGCUUGAGCUGCAGAAAUGGAUUAACUGGGCAGUUGUUGCUGCUUGUGGAAAAACAAAGCUUCACACUGCUGGGGUCUCACUUUCUUAAGGGGCUGAGGGAUCUGAUCCCAGCCCCGAACAACUCUGUUGUCUGACCACCCCACCUGUCUGAACGCAGUCCCUGCUAUCCAAUGGCAUGGGCCAAGUUCUUCAGGAAGCCGGGGGGCAAUCUGGGGAAGUCGUAUCAGCCGGGGAGCAUGCUGUCUCUGGCCCCAACCAAAGGACUGUUGAACGAGCCUGGCCAGAACAGCUGCUUCCUCAACAGUGCUGUGCAGGUACUAUGGCAGCUGGACAUCUUCAGGCGCAGUUUGAGGCAGCUCCCUGGUCACUAUUGUUUAGGGGAAUCAUGCAUCUUUUGUGCAUUGAAGGGCAUAUUCUCCCAGUUCCAGCACAGCAGGGAGCGUGCCUUGCCCUCUGAUAACCUGCGUAAUGCCUUGGCAGAGACCUUUAAAGACGAGCACCGCUUCCAGCUGGGCUUCAUGGAUGAUGCCGCAGAGUGUUUUGAAAACAUCCUGGAGAAGAUCCACAUGCACAUCGUGCCUGAAGAGACAGAUUCUUGCACUUCAAAGUCUUGUAUCACACACCAGAAGUUUGCAAUGACACUUUAUGAGCAGUCUGUGUGCCGCAGCUGUGGGGCUUCAUCCGACCCCCUGCCGUUCACUGAGCUGGUGCAUUAUAUAUCCACUACUGCACUAUGUCAGCAGAUGCCUCCACGAAAAGAUGAGACGUUUGGUGAUCUGUUACAGGCAGCAAGUACAAUCGGGGACCUUCGUAACUGUCCUAGCAACUGUGGCCAGAGGAUUAAGAUCAGACGGGUCCUCAUGAACUCCCCAGAAAUUGUUACAAUAGGCUUUGUCUGGGACUCGGACCAGUCGGACCUCACAGAUGAUGUGAUCCGCUCCCUGGGACCUCAUCUCAGUCUCUCUGCGCUCUUCUACAGGGUAACAGAUGAGCAUGCCAAAAAAGGAGAGCUCCUUCUGGUGGGGAUGAUCUGCUACACCAGCCGUCACUAUUGUGCCUUCGCUUUCCACACCAAGUCCUCCAAGUGGGUCUUUUUUGACGAUGCAACUGUGAAAGAGAUCGGCUCCAGGUGGAAAGAUGUUGUUACCAAAUGCAUCAAAAAUCACUUUCAGCCCCUCCUCCUCUUUUAUUCCAACCCUGAUGGAAGUGCCAUCAGUGCAGAUAAUGCCUCAAAACCAAACAGCAGCCAGUCCCAGACCCAAGUCACUGACUCUCCAGUGUCGGUCCCUAAGAAACUGGACCUGACCAUAGAGAAUCUGAACAACUAUUUGAGCCAAGGCUCCUUUACAAAGAAAACCCCGUCAACAUUGAGCAGGGGGAGUGGUCAGACCAGUGGAGGAAGGGGACCGGUGAAGACGUCCAGCGAUCCCAGAAGUCGUGUCAAGGAGAUUCCUCGAGAAGUUGCCCAGAAGGCAGCAGAGAUGCGAGGGAUGCGUCCAGCCAGAAGAGAGCCGGAGAGAGGUCAGCGGAGAGCGGAGACACGUCACAGAGAUCCAGGCCAUGACAGAGCAUACUCACGCUCUGUCUCUCCCCCAGAGAAUGGUUUCAAACAGCACGUUGAGACACGACUGUACAGCAGCCAAGGAAAAGGCCCGACUCGGGCAGAGCGGACACCCCACUAUGGCGGACGGUCCUCCCAUGAACCUCCUCAGUCUAACUCCAGGGUCCAUGUGCUGCCUAAGGUACCCAGCAUCAGCGGCAACCACCACAGCCGCAGAUUAGACCAGGUUUCCAAUGGAUAUGACACUGACAGCAGCCAAGACUCUCGGGAUCGCUCCGGAGUAGAAGGGAACAGUCGCAGCAGGGCAAGCCGUCCCUGGAAGCCCAUGCGAGAGGUCCUGAACGUGGACAGUGUUUUAAGCAGCAUUGAAGACGGUUAUUCUACAAGUCGUGAGAGACGGCAGCACAGUCCCAGGAGGAGGCCCAGCAGCCAGUCACCUUCCCGUGACCGUGAGCUUGACAGAGACUUCACGUGGGGAGGCCGGGAGGAACGCAAACCUAAGAGCCUGAUGACCAUCUACGAAGACGAGCAGAGGCAUGAAACCAGUGGUAGUAGAAGUUCGCUGGAGUCAGAUGGCCGGGGAGGCUACAGUGACAAGGACAGAUUAAAAGGCUCUGCGACUCUAAAAGUGCGGAAUGACAACUGGAAGAUCCAGAGAACCGAGUCAGGAUAUGAGAGUAGUGACAGAAUAAGCAAUGGAUCAGCAAAUCCUGACUCCCCCGUAGUAGAAACCUUCUCUUCCAAGGACCUGAGGCCUAUUCCUGAGCUGAACCUAUCGAGGGAUCACUUCCCACCGAGAAGCAGCGAGGAUUCGAAGGCUGACAUUCUGCCGUCCACAUUUUCCACCAAUGAAGAAGGAAGAAAAUCUCCUGACCUUUACGAUGCAAACAUCCUCUCUGGACAUCUCAUACAAAGGAGAAGAGCAUUUCGUUACACUCCAGGAAUCUUGGAGAGAAUCUCAGCUACGGAAAGUGAACAGGAGGAAAACGUGGACAGCAGCCCAGUGAGCCCAGCGCCUCCUUACUUAGCAAAGACCAGCAGUUCUGAGUGGAACAGUUCAGAUGACCUUGCUGGACCCUUUUCUGAACAGGAGGAGACAAGCACGGCUGCUGACAUCAACCCUUUGAUGCACAAUUUUCCUCCUCCUUUAGUCAUCAGGACCUUUGCCCGUGACGCCGACCCAUCUGGUGUCCAGUCCCCACCGCCUGAGGUGCCAGUGCGGUCAAGCCCCCGCAGUGAACUCAAAAAUGGCUCAUCUCUCUCACACACCGCCCUCCGACGCUGGAUUGAGACACCCGCAGACAACAGACUCUCAUCCAGCGCCAGCUCCAGGUCUGGUUCGUCCGAUCAGGACAGGAAUGAUUUGUCGGCCAGCGAGAGCGAGGAGAGGCAGCCCAGUCCGCAGCCGAGACACGUUGAUGGUACCCACUCUCCUUCUGUGACAGAUGCUGUUCUUCCCACCACUUACUUUUCCGUAGACAGCUGUAUGACAGACACUUACAGGGCCAAAUACCAUAAAAGGCCAGCUUUAUACAUGAAGGCAGAAGACCAUGUAUCAUCAGGGGAAAGUGAUACUGAAGGGAGAAACCUCCCUCAGCCAGAUGUUCAUUCACCAGAGCCUUCCAAAGGGCAAUCAGAAUCAGGCUAUUCCACCUCCAAGAUCACAGCAAAAUGGAAUCCAGUCUCUUCGAAAGGACUGGACGAGCACGGAUUCUUAUGAUUCCCCUGAGCAUCAACGAUGACUUUGACUGGUAAACAACAGGAAUUCAUAUGCAAUGUGGGAAUGUUCCAUUUACUUGUAAUGACAUGGUCAUAACAGGACUGAGUGCCAAAGAGAUUGUAUGUGAGCAGCAUGUGUCCUUAAAGCUAUGUGGAUUUUAUCAUAACCUAUGGCAGAGUGAAUUUGCACAGUAGAAGGUACUGAGGAGUUGUAACAUGUCAUGUUAAUGUUGAUGAUGAUUUGAGCUUGUGUCACUUUAGUGUGCUGUACAACUCCAAAUUUAUUUUACAGGAAGACUAUUUCAUACAUUUUGUAGAUCUUUGAAAUCCUCAGUGGAUUCUUUGACUUUACGUUCACUUGUUCUAGUGUUACGAGGUGUCUGUCCCAAUUCUGUCUGUUUUGCUUUUUCUUUAUACUGUUUUUUGAUGAACACAAGUUGUCACUGACGUAACAAGCACAGUUUUCUAAAGUGGAAAAAAAAAAUCCUUCUAAUCACUGGACUCUUGCUUUUAGCACGACUGAAUCCCAAGGAUUCGUGUGAAUGUGAAGCUCUCUUUGUGUUAAAAUGAGACAGGUUACAACUUGUUUACUGUUGGUACGUGGCGUUUGAUGACUCUCAGACAGUGUUCAAAGAACCAGCUGGCCACCAGGGGCAAAACGUGAUGGGGUGAAUGACGUUCUAAAGUAAUUGCAUAAAAAAAGUUGUGGCAUGUUGGUCGCCAUGGUUUGAAACUACUUUCUUUCAACAAUGAUCUUUGCACUG